GUACUGCUGUGCAAUGGGAAAUGUUUGUCCACCUGGGAUAUGCAGGUGACAUAUGGUUCCCGGAUCCCACCCCCCUUCUGUUCAAAGGUUAUUGGUGAACUGAACGGAAACAAUAUAGAGGAUGUCAUUGCUCAGGGUAACGGCAAACUUGCCAGCAUGCCAGUUGGUGGAGCUGUAGCAGUCUCAGCUGGACCAGGUUCUGCUGCUCCUGCUGCUGCUGAGGAGAAGGAGGAAUCUGACAACGACAUGGAAUGUGGCCUAUUUGACUAAACUUUUGCUACAGAAGC